AUGGCAUCGAACAUCGCUGGACAGUUGAGACCCUCUGGCAAGAAGUCGCAUGCUUGUGGUCCUUGUCGAAGAUUGAAGAGGAAGUGUGAUUUACAAAUCCCCUGCUCGACGUGUAAGACAGGACGUAACACACGAAUUGGCGAGUGUUUGGCUAACCCAGCAACACCUCUCAACAAUGCUCAGGAACGUACCGCUCCAAACACAAGUUUUGGAAGGCUCCAUGUCCCUCCACAGGACUCUGUCCCAAGCAAUGCCAUCCCACAAGCACCACCACCACAGAAGCUACCGAAGUUGGACGAGCGGCCUUUCCCACCCUUUGAGAGGGCCCAGAGUACCAGUGAGAUACACCACCAGGGUAUAAACGAGCCUUUAAUGCCAUACACCGGCCAAUACGCUGGUUAUAUGCACAACUCGCACGGCCAACCGUGGAGCCCAGUGAACCAUAACGAGCAUGUCCGUACUCAUCAACAGAACUAUCAUCAUCAACUCCAUCAGCGGCAACAGUUCCAGCCACCCUUACAGAGACAGGUAUCGCAACCAUUCCCCCAUAUGAGACAUAGCUUCGACGCUUCGAACGCUCCACAGACGGUUCCAAUACCUAUUUCUCAGACGAAUAUCAACACAUCUCCGCGGCAAGGCUAUAAUGCUUCUUCAAACAAGCAGGUGAACGUACCGGGUUCUCUGAACACAGACCAUCUCUCACCAUCCAGUACAGCAUCCACAUCUAUACCAUCUUCAACAGCGGCACCAGAUUCGGCUAACAACCAACCCCAGGCUCAUAUUGAUUGGCAAAAUAAAAGGUUGAAAGCUUUGGAGGUUAAGAAUGCACAACAGAGGAAAGAGAUUGCAUUACUAACAUCAAGAUUGAAACUCGAACCAACAACUAAUGCCCAGAUACCGACGCCACCUAAUAAUGAGCGAAGAAGAAACUCGGCCAGUAAUGACUUCAAGAAGAAGUAUGUUAAACUCCUACCUUCAAAGACCCAGACCAAUUUCCUCGUGGAGUUCUACCUCCAAAACAUUGACUACAUCUAUCAUCCAAUCCACCAUCCAAGCUUUAAGAAAUCAUUGGAAAGCUUUUGGAGUAGGAAAGAUGAUGUUGACAUUGGAUGGCUAGCAACUCUACUAAUGGUUUUGGGACUUGCAGCCAUUCACCUCCCCAAGGGCUUAAUCAACAUAUCAUCAGAAGAGAUUGCAAGCUCUCAUCAAACUUGGUUUGAUGCAUCACGGGAAUGCAUUCAAUAUGCUGAUGCACUGCGCAGUUCACCUUCCGAGUUCAACUUGUAUAUGCUAGAGUGGUUUUCGUUGUGUCAAUUAUACUUCUACGCUACAAAAAGAUCAGAACAGUUGAAUGAUUUCUUGAAUGCUGCAAUCAAACAUGCGCUGGAUAUGGGAUUGGACAAGGAUGACAAGGAUAAUCCAAACAUUCUUCAAGUUGAAAUGAAACGUCGACUAUGGUGGGACAUAUGUGGCUGUGAUACUUAUAGAGCACUAUCUCUAGGCAAAAAACCCUUGAUUAAGUCAUAUAAAUCAACAGUACCAUUUCCUUCAAAUGCCAAUGAUGAAGAUAUUGACGAAGAUUCCAUAAGAAUAUUAUCAAUGAAACAUCCGACUGAUAACUCUUUCAACAUUUAUCGUGCAUUGAUGAUGAAAAUAAUGAAUGGUAUCUUUGAGAGGAAACAUCAGGUCAGUUCUAAAGAUAUGCACAAUUUGGAAUUGAUCAACGAUGAAAUAUUCAGGGGAUUGCUGGAAGUUGAUAUCGAGCUAUGUCAGACCAACAAAUCGUGGUUUUUUGAACUCGAUAAAGAUGGCACAUUGCCAUACACUCUUGGCUCGAGAAUCCAUUUUCAACAUCACAUGCUGCAUACCUGUAUUUGCAUCCAUCGAUUCAGAAUUUAUCAAAAUUACCUCCAGGAUGGCAUAUACGCUGCAUCUGAAGUUGCAAGAACGACAGCAUGUUCAUUGUUUACAGUUUACAGAAAGCUUCGGAUGGUGUACGAUUUACGAAACCCACUAUUUUUACCUCAGAUUCAUCAGAGUUUUACAGGAUCUGUGAUCCAAUCUAUGAUGCUGCUGGUUUGCAGAGAACUAUCCAGAGUCGAGCAAGCUUCUCUUUAUUCAGAUAUUGAUUUAAUGUUGAGUGAUCUCAAGAUAUUGAGUGAUGAUGUGUUUAUCUUGAAGCCUGAGAUACUAAAGGAAAGCUUCAAGGUCCUAGAGGCGUUGAAGAAAAGCAUAAAUGAAAAUCUAGUUGAGUUAGAGAAUGAUCAGAAAGACAUUGUUUCCAAUGUGUUUGGAGGGAAAGUCAUUACAGAGUCUUAUUUGAAGAAAUGUACCGUUUCCUUUAUUGUUGACCAAAAUGACAAGAACAACGCCCAAUCAGAGACAGAUGAGGAACAAGAAACUCGUGAAAGUUACAACUCUCGUAACCAGAUUGGUGUCUUGAUUGAUGAAACAGUGCUUGAAAAGUCAUUACCAAGGUUUAAAACACUAGAGUCCGAGAAAUCAGGAGGAAUCAAACCUCCGUCAACGCAUAGAAGAAAGAAAGUGAUACUUCCACCGCCAACAGGGAAUACCCCUAUUAUCAUCUCGGAGUUUGAGGACACUCACAAGCCAUCCACUGUUGAGAAUGCUGGUGUUUCCAACAGUUCUGACAGAAGGCAGCAAGACCAUGAAAAGCAGGUAAUCAAUGGGAAUUAUACAACAUAUAAUCCGCCUGAGGCAGACGCUACAACCAGGCGAGAGACCACACCUCUGAACCUUCUGGAAGGGUUUUGGAAUGAAAUUGGCGAGGAAGGUAUCGACGAAUUGAACAACUUAUACUACAAUGAGUUCUCAGGAUACAAAGUGUUGUGA